CCAACCAUAGCUACUCCUUCCGGAGCCUUUGAGCAUCAAGGCUAUUUGAGCACUAAAUUAUCACCCUCCUUUCCUCGUUCGAUACUCUCGUCGGCCUCACGAGUUUGCCGACGGAAGAGGUACACGCUCACAUCUCCCACACAACUAGCAAAAACGGAUUGGUCGGAUCUCGGAUCUGGCAACUGUCUUUCUCCUAGCCCUGGCAAUUUAAAAAUUAUAAGUUUUGACAAAAUUAACAUACAAGGAUGGACCAGCACUGAAUUAAAAUCUCCUCAAGGAAUUUUUCCAGGCCGUCAACCUCCCUUAGUUGAGGCCGACAUUUCUUGGAUGCGUGAGCUCGUUGUGGCAUGCAAUCCAAUUAGUCUAGAUGUCUCAGGUCAAGAGCUGAAUGGUCACUCGGACGUCCACGCCGUUGCUGGACAACAGGGCUCCACUCGCCGAAGGAAAUAUUACUACAAAAAAGUAAGUUAUAUAUUCUUGCUCUUCUAA